AUGGAAACAUAUCAAGAACUGUUAUGUUCCCCCUCUUCGGUGGGUGGAUUCCAAAAACAAUCAAUUCAUCUCGCAUUGGUAAAUGUGAUCUUCUCUCUCACCGCAAUUCUUGGGAAUUCUCUAAUCCUUGUUGCCCUUCGCAAAGAAUGUUGCCUCCAUCCGCCCUCCAAACUUUUGUAUCGUUGUCUGGCAACAACUGAUCUGUUGGUUGGUCUCGUCAGCCAGCCUCUCCAUGCUAUUUAUUGGAUAUCCAUACCUAACGAACACUGGAAUCUUUGUCGAUACUCAAGGAACGCCACCUACGUAACCAUCUAUGCAUUUUGUGGGGUAUCUUUGGGGACAAUAACGGCCAUAAGCAUUGACAGACCUCUUGCGCUGUUAUUGGGGCUGAGAUACAAACAAACUGUAACUCUGAAGCGCACAAAUAUUAUUUUAGCUGCCAUUUGGGUUUUAUCUGGUGUCGCUGCUUUAUGCUACAUUUUAGAUUACCGUAUCAAUUUAUGGUUUGCUUAUAUCUGUGUUCCAUCUUAUUUGGUGAUCUCAAUCUUCUCGUACACUAAGAUAUUUCGCACCCUCAUUCAUUAUCAGGCACAAGUACAAGUUGAUGUUCAACUACAGUCGAGUCAACCAAAUUUACUGAACAUUUCGCGAUACAAAAAGGUGGUGUACAGUGCACUGUGGGUGCAGUUAGCAUUAGUAGUUUGUUAUGUACCAUAUACUAUAGUUGACAUCGUGAUUGUGGAGGCUAGUAGAAAAACAUUUUCAUCACAUUUGAUUGUGACCAGGGGAAUAGCAGCAACUUUACUUUACUCCAACUCGAUGUUAAACCCGUUUCUUUAUUGUUGGAAGAUUAGUGAAGUGAGACAAGCUGUGAAGCAGACAAUCAGAGAAGCAUUUUGCUGUCCAUGA